AUCAAACAGUGCUCCCUUUCAACUUCCCAAUCGAACAACAACAUUGGAACUGUCUUGCUUAGGAAGCUGUGUUUAUUUCACGCAAUACGACAAAUAUGGAAAAUUUAAAAGAACAAGUUAUGAUAAAUCAUUUUAUUUCAGCAACAGGCUGCCAUGUAGAGCAAGCUAAACAGUUGUUAGCAGCAUCAAAGUGGCAGUUUCAGACGGCUCUUAGUAUGUUCUUUCAAGAAUCGGCCAUUCCAACGUGUCGAACUUGCAAUGGAAACCAUACAAACAAUGCUCACUAUCCGCUCUGUACACCUGCCAAUACUCCUGCUACUCCACCCAAUUUCCCAGAUGCACUAGCUGCAUUAUCAAAACUUUCAACAACAGAAAAAUUCAGCUCAUCUCCAUAUGCUACAUCCCCUCAGCAGGUAGCUCAUUCUCCCAAAGGGAUGGAGAUAGAAACGCAGCGAUAACACUGGUCUGUGUUGUCUUAUAGGGACAUUGAAUGAGGGAAGAACGGAUGAGAAAGAAAAAGACUUUGUGUUAUUCGUCCAUUCUUAGAGGGAGCAAACAAGGUGGAGGGAUAUGAUGAGGAUAAGCUGGGCCAUGGUAGGCCUAGCCUGGAGGCCCCUAUGUUUUACAUGUAUUGGAAACAAAGUGCUAUAAUACCUUAUUUGGAUACCUCACUUUUAGUGUAUACCCAUACUACAUCAGACUUUUAUGUGGAAAGACUAGCACUUUCCCACCUAGAUAUGUGUGUUUAUCCAGGUGUCAUAUAAUUAGUCUGAAAUACCCUCUAUAGAUUUCUUGAUGGUAAGUUUUAUUUUCAAUUUUGUCAUUAUGAUCUAGUGCUGUGUGAGGAUGUGUGUGAUAUUUAUGUAUUACAAGAGUUUGAGAGAAGUUUGUUGCUUUAUCAUGAUACCAGUAUUUGCCCCAUCCCGAUCAGCGUUUAAGUUUGGUUGGGAGGUAUGUGAUUGUUCCCUGCCUUGUUGUUAGAGCAAGGCCACAAGUGUGGGUGUAGUUCUAGCUCUGGGAGGGUGUCCUUGUUCAGCACUGGGUACCUCAUGAUCACCCUUGUCCACUUAUAGUCAUACUAUCAUGUCUUUCCCUGUUUAAAAUAUGUUCUGAUUGAACCCUUCAUGAUCACUGAGUACCGCAAUUCAUUUUACAAAGUAAUGGUCUAUCUUAUUGUGUGAAUUUUGUCGACAUUUUAUUAAAGAUUGUGUAUAUAUGUAGAUUUAUGACUGUAUAUAGGCGUCAUGUGAUUGUGACAUUUGUUUUAGAAUAUUUGACAUCGUCAUACUCAUAAUUUCACAGGUACGACACAUCACUAAAAUAAUCUGUGUUUAUCAACUUCAACUCAUAUUGUUAUUGCUUUUUAUUUUCCCCAAAAAUAAUAAAAAAAAAAAUUUGAAUGCUUUCACUUUGCUUUUAUAGAACAUUUUACAUAAUCAUAAAAUGAAAUUUGUACUAGUCCGGGUUAGUAUCUUCAAAGGUGAAACAAAAAUGAAAAUGUCAGUGAUGUUACCCGAUAGGUUAUCAAAUUACCUUCAUUUUGAAACUAGCUAUUAACAGCAUCAACAUUAAAUCAUAAUCAUGAAAAAGUUGGAAUUUAUAGUCACGCAAUUGCAUCUCGGAUUCAUAUUGACUCAAACAUUAGCUUUUGACUCAGUAUUUAUAUAAUGAGUUCACUGUUUCAGAACGGACACGCACACUAACACAGACUUGACUGCCUUUUUGUAUUCUAUUUUGCUUAUAAUAUUAUAUACUGUACAUUUGUAUGUUUUGUACUUUGUACCAGGUUUUGCUUGUUUUAGAUCAAAUGUGUAUUUUGCCCCGAAGUUUUCUCAUAUUCUCAUGUCUAGAGAGAACUAAUCACAUGUUAAUUACUCUAAAUUUGUAUGAAUUUUGUAUAUACGUGUAUACACAUUCUAAACUUAUUGAUACUAGACAAAGUUGAUGUUUUGUUGAUAAAAAUGUUGACAAGUCUGCAGCUCCUUGUUAUAUGUAAAAACUGAAAUGAUGAUUGUAUGAUACUAAUACCUUGAUGAGAGCAAAUUUAACUCUAUAUGAUAUUGUUGUUCUUUUUCUGUUGUCAUGUUCACAUGUGAAAGACAUUGUCAGAGAAAGGCAGUUAUAUAUAGGUACCACAUGAUUUCUGUGAGUAAAUAAAAUCUUAACAAGAAACAGA